AAUUCGAAAUAAUAUUUUAACAUUCAGUUGCCGCGCAGCUGCCGUAAAAGAAGGGAGAGUAGGAAUUAUUUUUUUCGCUCGCCAAACAAACGCCACAAGAAAAAGAACAUUUCCAAAUUCUUCACUGGGGAAUAGCAAUUUUUUUCUGUGUGUGUACGUGUUAGUGUUUUAAAUUUGCGACAGUGUUUGAGUUUCUCCUCAAAUUCACCAACCACAAAUUAACAUAAAUCAUGUCGAUCUGUCGCAUUUCUGCACGCAAAAUUGUCGAAGCACAGAAAGUGCCGGCUAUUGGAAACUAUGUGCGUCAAUUAUCUUCUGAUGGCGCCAGCCUGCGCGAUGUGCUGUCCGCCAAGAUACCGCAGGAGCAGGAGCGUGUGAAGAAGUUCCGUAAGGAAUUCGGCUCAACGAAAAUGGGGGAGACAACCAUCGAUAUGAUGUACGGUGGCAUGCGCGGCAUCAGGGCCCUGGUGACAGAGACAUCUGUGCUGGACGCCGAUGAGGGUAUCCGUUUCCGUGGCCUAUCCAUUCCCGAAUGCCAGAAGGUACUGCCAGCCGCCAAAGGUGGCAACGAACCGCUGCCCGAGGGUCUCUUCUGGCUGCUGAUGACCGGCGAGGUGCCCAGCCAGGCUCAGGUACAGCAGUUGUCCAACGAAUGGGCCGAUCGUGCUGCACUGCCUCAGCAUGUGGUGAAUAUGCUGAACAACAUGCCCACCACUCUGCAUCCAAUGUCGCAACUGGCUGCCGCCGUGACAGCUCUCAAUCAUGACAGCAAAUUCGCCAAGGCAUACUCGGAGGGUGUGCACAAGUCCAAGUACUGGGAGUAUGUGUACGAGGAUAGCAUGGAUCUGAUUGCCAAACUGCCAGUGGUGGCUGCCACCAUCUAUUGCAAUACGUAUCGCGGCGGCAAGGGAUCCCGUGCCAUUGACUCCAGUCUCGAUUGGUCCGCCAACUUUGUGAAGAUGCUCGGCUAUGACAGUCCCGAGUUCACUGAGCUGAUGCGUCUCUACCUGACCAUUCACAGUGAUCACGAGGGUGGCAAUGUCUCUGCCCACACUGUGCAUCUGGUUGGCUCCGCUCUCAGUGAUCCCUAUUUGUCGUUUGCUGCCGGCAUGAACGGAUUGGCUGGUCCAUUGCACGGUCUGGCCAACCAGGAGGUGCUCGUCUGGCUGCGCAAGCUGCAGCGUGAGGCUGGCAACAAUCCAUCGGAGGAGCAACUGAAGGAGUACAUCUGGAAGACGCUCAAGUCUGGACAGGUUGUGCCUGGUUAUGGACACGCUGUGCUGCGUAAGACCGAUCCUCGUUAUACCUGCCAACGUGAGUUUGCCCUCAAGCAUCUGCCCGAUGAUGAGCUGUUCCAGCUGGUAUCGAAGAUUUACAAGGUGGUGCCCCCAAUCCUAACUGAAACCGGCAAGGUGAAGAACCCCUGGCCCAAUGUAGAUGCCCAUUCCGGUGUCCUGCUGCAGUACUAUGGCAUGAAGGAGAUGAACUACUACACCGUAUUGUUUGGCGUUUCCCGUGCUCUCGGCGUCCUCGCCUCCCUGGUCUGGGAUCGUGCCCUUGGCCUGCCCAUCGAGCGUCCCAAGUCCUUCUCCACCGAUAUGCUCGUCCAGAUGACAAAGAAGAAGUAAGCUAAGAGCACAGUUGGACGGAUGAUUGGAUGGACGGAUGAUUGGAUGAGAUGGUCAGCAAAAUGUAGCAAAAGCAAAACAACAACAACAA